GCCAUGCCUUACCUGGAAACUGUGGAUUCUUUGCUAUCACGAAAGAUCUUAAAACCAGUGGUGGAAAAGCAGAGGCGAGAUCGGAUCAAUCGCAGCCUGGAAGAAAUGAGGAUUUUAUUGCUUAGGCUUACUGGCAAUCAGAAACUUCGAAAUCCUAAAAUGGAAAAAGCAGAAAUUUUGGAAUUGGCUGUUAUCUACAUCAGGAAUCUCACGCAAACAAAAAAGCAUGAUAAGAAUAUAUGGGUGUCUCCAGAAGAGAAAUUUUACAUCUCAGGUUUUAGAGACUGUCUCCACCGUGCAGAAGACUUCAUGGGUGAUAUCAGCCCAAAUACACGGACUCAAUUUUUGGAAAAACUACAUUCCCACCUUGAACACACAAUACGCUUCCCAAAACAGCUUAACCUUUGCAGGCAUCAGGGUCCAGAAGAAGACUUCUCAUUAUCUGCAAAUGAUCUAAAUGUAUCAAUAGACUCUCCUAAUUCCAGGGAUGAGCUCAGAUCCUGUUCACCCUCCUCACUCCAAAGCUCUUUGCUCUAUAGCUCUGACACUGGGAGCCCUCCUGGAUGGUUUGCAUCCACUCCCCAAAACAAUGAUGGGAUUCAUAGGGACCAGGACAAUACCCAGACAUCAGUAUGGAGACCCUGGCCUUAAUAUUACCUUCAUAUAAUAAUUAUCAUGCCUCUUAAAGGGACAUUAAACACUUUGAGAUAGUAAUAUAAAAUGAUAAAUCAUAUAUAUAAAAAAAUCCUCUGCAAUAUACUUUCAUUAUUUAUUUUGUCCCCUUUUCCUGUAAUUCCAUUCUGAAAUUGUGAGCUUUUUAGUUCCUGUUAGAAAUGGAAGUGCACAACACAGUUUUAUUCCACACAGUCAUUGACUGCACACUCUAGUAAACUAUUUAUAACUGUCGCUAAUUGGUCUCAACAUGGCGGCUCCCUGUGUUUUAAUGACAAUACAACUUUACACUUAUUUUGUCAAUAUUUAAACAGUUAAUGCAACUUUAAAAAAGACAUCAACGUGUUAUUCUCAGACUAAUAUUUUCUUUGAAUGCAUCAUUAUAUCUAGCAUUUAUUUAGUGUUUAAUGUCCCUUUAAUGUGUGCAUAUAUCUACCAAAUUGAAUAUUUGUUACAAUUUGUGAGUGCAAAACAUAACUGUAUAUCUUUGUAAAUAUAAUUUAUGUACAUGUUCUUAUUUAUCUAUUUACAGUAUCUGUAUAUGAGUCUGUAUGUUGUGCAUAUAUUUUAACUUAAUAAAUCUUUCAGGUGGUUUUCUAUACAUUUUGAGCUUAAAGGGAAUUUAAACCCAAAAAUUGUCUUUCAUAAUUCAGAUAUAGAAUACAAUUUUAAACAACAUUACCAUUUACUUCUAUUUUCUAAUGUGCUUUAUUCUUUAUAUAUUCUUUGUUAAAGAAAUAGCAAUGCACAUGGAUAAGCCAAUCACAUGAGGCAUCUAUGUGCAGACACAAAUCAGCAGCUACUGAGCCUAUCUAGAUAUGCUUUUCAGGAAAAGAAUAUCAAGAGAAUGAAGCAAAUUAGAUAAUAGAAGUAAAUCAGAAAGUUGUUUAAAAUGGUAUUCUCUAGCUGAAUCAUGAAAGAAAAUUUUGGGGUUUAAUGUCCCUUUAAAGGGACAGUCAACUCCAAAAUGUUUAUUGUUUAAAAAGAUAGAUAAUCCCUUUAUUACUCAUUCCCCAGGUUUGCAAAGCCAACAUGGUUACUUUAAUAUACAUGUAACCUCUAUGAUUACCUUGGAUCCAAGCCUCUUUUUGACAGUCCCCUGAUCACAUGACUAUUUAUUUAUUAUCUAUUGACUUGCAUUUUAAUCAAAUUAGUGCAGUGUCAUCCACAACCCAUGGUCGUAAGCACAAUGUUAUCUAUAUGGCCCACAUGAACUAGCAGUCUCCUGUUGUGAAUAGCUAAUAAAAAAGCAUGUGAUUAAGAGGCUGUCGGUAGUGGCUUAAAACAGCCAUACAUUUUGAGGUUUAAAUGUUAUAAAGUAUAUUAAUAUAACAAUGUUGGUUGUGCAAAGCUGGGGAAUGGAUAGUAAAGGCGUUGUCUAUCUUUUUAAACAAUAGCAAUUUUGGUGUUGACUGUCCACUUAAAGUUGUUUAUUUUGCUGUACUACAACAUCUGUGUACAUUAAAGACUUUUAUUUUUCAAUAAAUGUUUCAAUUUUU